ACAACCCCUAUACAAAAUUAACGGCUCCUGCAGUUUCAAUUCAAAGACUUCUCUGACACUCUAGUUUCUUCUUCUCCCAUUACAAAUACACACAAUCAACACACAUCUAUACUCACAUCUGUAGUUGUAGACUCGAUGCCGCCUCGCGGUUCCAAUUCAUCUCGAAAAGUUCGAAUAAUCGCAACAAUCCGUGGCUAUACGGAUCAAGAAUCUGGGUCGAUAUCUGAGAAUUCGUUGCCGUUGAUCUCUGUGUAUAAGCACGGUGAAGGUGGAUCAGAUGAGAAAGUUACCUUGUCGUUCGGAGAACAACCGGCCUGUCGGAAAAAUGCGUAUGAUAUGGAUUAUUGUUAUGGACAAAAUGAGGAUUCGAGUUUGAUUUUUGUGAAAGAAAUUAAGCCUUUGAUUUCUGGAGUUAUGAAUGGAAAAAAUGCGUCGAUUAUUGCUUUUGGAGCUAGAGGCAGCGGUAAAACAUGCACAAUUCAGGGCUCUGAGGAUAAACCGGGCUUGGCAGCUCUUGCAAUGGCGGAAAUUCUUUCAGCAGUGGAGGAAAAUGGGAAUUUAAUUGCAGUAUCUGUGUAUGAGGUGUACCAGGAUAAUGUAUUAGAUGUUUUGGAUGCAAACAAGAAGGUUCAGCUAUUCGAAAAUGCUCAUGGAUAUACUGAAUUAAGAGGGAUUUCUCAGGUUCGUAUCAAUUCGAUGUCAGAAUUUGUGAAAUUGUAUUAUAAUAAUGGUACACGAAAAGCUACAGAGAAGGUAGGCCCUAAGAUUGCACGAAGGAGUCACAAGGGUUUGAUGAUAUGUGUGUUAUCUGAUAGUGGAAAUCCAAAUUCCAAAGUUGUGGGGAAAAUGAAUUUUGUUGACCUAGCAGGCUACGAAGAUGCAAGAAGAAAUAGUAUUGAUUGCGCAAAUCCGGUGGAGACUGCUAACAUCAACAAGUCUUUGUAUGCCUUGUUAAAUGUUGUGUAUGCCCUCAAUACAAAUGAAAGUCGAGUGCCAUACCGAGAAAGCAAACUCAGUCGUGUACUGCAAGAUUCUUUUGGGGGUAGCAGCCGGGUGUUGCUCCUCACUUGUUUGAAUCCUGUAUGUCAAGAUACAAUGUACACGGUAAGCUUGGCCUCACGGUCCCUUCAAGGCACCAAUGGACUUUCAGACACAAUGAUCAGAAGCAGCGUGAGUUUAGCUAAACCAGUCCAAUCAUCGAUGAAAAAUCAGAAACUUCCAAUUCUUUCUGAUGCGACAAAUAAAAAAGUUGGCUCAACCACAAUAAUGAGAAGCAGCAAGAGUUUAACUAAACAGACACAAUCAUCGGUUAAGAAUCAGAAACCUGCAACUGUUUCUGCUACAAGUAAGAAAGGAAAAGAAUCACAAUCCCGUUUUCAUAAAAAAAUUGUUGCCAAAAGCGGGAGGAAACUCUUUGAUGAUGGUGUCCCUUCAACUACCCAUAAAGAGGCAAAGUUAGCCGUGGAUUGUUCUUCUGCAAUAUCUCUGAAUGAAGCUGUUGGUGUUGCUUCAUCUCCAAAGAAAAAGGAAGAGACUAUCGAAGAUUCCUCCUUAAAAAUCAUGGACUCUACCGAGAUAUUGGAGAAGGAAAAUUCACUAGCACCUGCUUGCAAUACAUCAGAAGAGGUUGCUUCUCCACUCAUCUCUGAUAUUGACUUCAAAGCAUUAUCCCCUCUUGAAGAGGAGAGUGAUAUCAUUAAGGAGGAGAAUAAUAACUCUCAAAUAUUGGAAAAAUCACCACCACUCAGUUCACAACUACGAGAAUUGUCAAAUAGCAUGAAGUCUUUGUAUUCUUCUACACCUUCAGUAAUAGCUACACAGGACAUUAGUAAUCCGUUUAGUCGGCUAUCUGUUCUAGAACCUCAAACUCCUCAAACUCCAUUGACAAGUAGUUUACAGAAUCCGCGCGAAAUAUUCAAUAAUCGCAGUUCAGGAAUGAAGCAAAGUCUGGUGAAGGACUGCCUGCAAUUUUUAAAUACUGCAAGCAAGGACGAGUUAAAAGGAUUGAAGGGUAUUGGAGAAAAGAGAGCGACUUACAUUCUUGAGCUUCGUGAAGAGUCCCCUGAGCCUUUUAAGAAUCUUGAUGAUUUGCAGGAUAUUGGGCUUUCAGCAAAGCAGGUCAAGGGUAUCAUGAGAAAUGUAGCUGGAGACCUUUUCAAUUAAUCUGAUUUUGCCUAUGAGUGAUGUUAAAUGUGGCAACCCAAAGUUGCCUCCAAUGUGUGUCAUUGCCAGUGUUCUAUCUAUUUCGAGUCUGUAAGGAUUUGUAGUUCUGCAAUUGAAAGUUCAUAUGUUUAUUUGCCGUAAUUUCAAACGGGUAGUAAAUCAUAACUCUCCUGGAUGUAUUUUGGACAUGCAUUAUGUGAUACAUUUAUCAUUUGGUGGAUUGGUCCUUCAAGUAAAAUGACAGACCUGGUUUAUAUUAUCUAUUUAUAAU